UCCUUUUAAUGAAUUUCAUAUAUAUUUCCAACAUGAAUGCUGAGUAUUUUAACGCUGACCUCUCCUUGUUGGCUGCUGGUGGUAAAAAGUCUUCUUUUCUGCUAUUGGGAUUUCUCUGCUGAUAAGAAUUGGUGGGGCUGCGCUGUUACUCUGUGUCGCCAGUAGAUGGCGCUCAUCCCCUUGUCAAUGACAAAGUCUACCGUCAAAAUCUCAGUUUUAUCCAAUGUAAAGAGAAAAAAAUCCCCUUGCUUUGUUUGCAAUCCCUCCCCUAGUAUCUAUCUAUGUGCCAUACACAUCCCUUGCCUGUCAGUGGCACAUGAGAAGGAGAUCAUGGCACUGAGGGGGACACUUCUUCCUCCUCCAGGGAGCAAAGACCUACUGGUUGGCAGUUGCCUGUCCCUACUACUGCUGCUGGUGCUUCUUGCUCAGGGCACGGGGCAGCUCAGGCUGAGCAGGAGGAGGUCACUGGAUGUAGCAGGGAGCAGAGCUGCUGAUGGGGAGGAUCAUGGAUCUACAGAGGAGGCUUAUGCUUCAGCAGGACGUACCAGGAGGGCAACCAGCAGGGGGCACGUUUCGCUGCUCAGCACCUCAUUUGUGCUCAAGGGGGACGCGUCUCAUAACCAGGCGAUGGUGCAUUGGACCGGGGAGAACAGCAGUGUGAUACUGAUACUGACCAAAUACUACCAUGCGGAUAUGGGGAAGGUCCUGGAGAGUUCUUUAUGGAGAUCAUCUGAUUAUGGAACUACAUAUACAAAAUUAAACCUACAGCCCGGGGUCACUUCAGUGAUAGACAACUUCUACAUCUGUCCAACGAACAAGAAAAAGAUUAUUCUUGUCAGCUCUUCAGUCUCAGAACAAUGCCUCUUCACUAGCAGCGAUGAAGGAGCGACCUUUCAAAAGCACCAAAUUGCUUUCUUUAUAGAGACCCUGAUAUUUCAUCCCAAAGAAGAGGACAAGAUACUUGCCUAUAGCAAAGAUGCCAAGCUCUACACCUCCAUAAACCUUGGAAAGAACUGGGACCUCCUCAAAGAACGUGCCUCUAAAGAUCACAUAUUUUGGUCUGUUGCAGGAGUUGAUACCGACCCUGAUGUGGUUCAUAUGGAAGUUCAAGACCUUGAUGGAGGUACACCAGGUUAUCGGUACGUGACGUGCCCCAUUCACAAUUGUUCUAACAACACAUUUGCAUUUCAAUUCACUGGAAUCAUUGAUCGGGAUUCUCUCACUGUACAGGACGAUUACAUCUUCCUCAAGACAACAGCAGGAAACAGGAGUAAAUAUUACGUAUCAUAUCGACGGAAUGAAUUUGUACAGAUGAGACUUCCAAAAUAUGCAUUGCCAAAGGACUUACAGAUAAUCAGCACAGAUGAAAACCAGGUGUUUAUUGCUGUUCAAGAAUGGUAUCAGACGGACACCUACAACCUGUACCAGUCUGAUCCGCAGGGAGUUUAUUAUUCACUUGUUCUGGAAAAUGUGAGGAGCACCAAGCAACCAGAAGAGAGUGUGGUCAUCGAUAUACUUGAGGUGCGAGGCAUUAAGGGUGUCUUUCUGGCCAAUCAAAAAAUUGAAGGAAAGGUGACAACACUUAUUACCUACAAUAAGGGUCGAGACUGGAGCUACCUCAAUCCCCCAAGUACAGACAUGAUCGGCAAACCAACCAACUGCAAACCUCCUGAGUGUCACCUUCACCUGCAUCUCCGCUGGGCAGACAAUCCGUAUGUAUCCGGAACAGUCCAUACCAAGGACACGGCUCCAGGCCUGAUUAUGGGAGCAGGCAAUCUGGGCUCGCAGUUGGUGGAGUAUAAGGAAGAAAUGUACAUAACGUCGGACUGUGGAAAUACAUGGAGACAAGUCUUUGAAGAGGAACAUCACAUCUUGUAUUUAGACCAUGGCGGCGUUAUUGUGGCCAUCAAGGACACUUCGAUUCCCCUAAAGAUACUCAAAUUCAGCAUUGAUGAAGGCCACACGUGGAGCAUACAUAACUUCACCAGCACUUCAGUGUUCGUAGAUGGUCUUCUCAGUGAACCAGGAGAUGAGACGUUGGUCAUGACGGUAUUUGGGCACAUCAGUUACCGCUCAGACUGGGAACUGGUGAAAGUAGAUUUCAGACCAUCAUUUACUAAAGAAUGUACUGAAGAAGACUAUGAACCUUGGAACCUUUCCGCCCCACAGGGGGACCAAUGCAUUAUGGGCCAACAACGGAGUUUUCGGAGGAGAAAACUAUCCUCGUGGUGCAUUAAAGGGAGAAGCUUCACAUCUGCACUUACAUCUAAAAUCUGCCAGUGUGAGGACUCUGACUUUGUCUGUGAUUACGGAUAUGAACAAGAGACACUUCAGAGAUCCCAAUCCAACAAAUGUUUCGCUGAUUUCUGGUUUAACCCAGAGUCUCCACCUGAUGAUUGUGCUACAGGUCAAACCUAUACAAGUACCACUGGGUAUAGAAAGCUUGUAUCCAAUGUAUGUGAAGGUGGCGUUGACCUUCAAGAAAAUUUAGUUCGGUAUCCCUGUCCUCUGCUUGCUCCAAAGGGUCUGCGCAUCACUAUUAAGGGAGACUCCAUCGCGGUGAAGCCUGGAGAGGAGAUUACAUUUAUUAUUCAACAGGAUCAGGGGGAUAUGCUGAAUACCAAGUACCAAGUGGACCUCGGGGGUGGAGUCAAAGUCAAUCUCUCACUGACAAAUGAGCCCAUACAGCAUCGCUAUGAACGUCCUGGGAUCUACAGGGUAUCUGCUCAUGCAGAGAAUAUCGCCGGGCAGGACGAGGCCGUGAUCUACGUGCAGGUUAACCCUCCUCUUCAGGCUCUGCACCUUGAAAUGGUGCCAGUGGUUGGCAAGAACAAAGAAGUGAAUCUGACGGCUGUGAUGCAGCCAAGGAAUGCAAACCUGACGGUGUUUUACUGGUGGAUUGGAAACAACUUGCAGCCUAUCCUUACACUGGACAAUUACCUUGUGACCAGGUUUGCAGAGGCUGGAGAGUUCCGAGUCACGGUGCAAGUCUCCUGUUGGAAUUCUAUGUUGCAAGAUUCAAAAACCGUCAGAGUCUUUGGUGAAUACCAGAUCCUAUCACUGAUGUUCAGCAAACACCUGGAUAUGUAUAACCCCAACAUCCCAGAGUGGAGAGAAGAUAUAGGACAAAUUGUAACAAGAUUAAUAGCGAAGGAAACCAAUAUCCCGGAGCAAACAAUAGUGACGGUGGUAAAACCAGGACUUCCGACCACUGCAGAGUUGUACCUGCUUCCGGCUACCAAUGUAGAGAAAAGAAAGAGGAAUGAGCCAAAUGAAAAGAGAAUAGCGGUGAUAAAGCAAGCCCUCAAUGCGCACAACAUUAGUUUCUUCCUGAGGGGCGGAAAUUGGGUCUUGGUGACACUAAGCAAUUCGGAGUCAGAUUCCCAGAGGAUUGGGGGAGCCGGAGGAUAUUGGGCCAUAUUCAUUAUCUUUGUCAUCUGCCUUGGACCGGUUGGAGCCUUUAUCCUUUAUAAAUUCAAAAGGAAAAUGCCGGGGAGGAAUGUUUAUGCUCAGAUGCAUAAUGAAAAAGAGCAGGAAAUGACAAGUCCAGUGAAUCACAGCGAGGACACCCAGAACAUUAUCCAGGGAGAGGAGUUUAUUGAUGAUGACAUGGACACGCAAACUCUAGGACAUGGGAGAGGUAAUCACUCAGGCGUGGUUUUAAGUAUUAAUUCCAGAGAGAUGCACAAUUACCUGGUUAGCUGAUGUUCACAGCUAAAUUCAAAUCUUACAGACUUUUUUUCUGUAUUGUCUUAUAUCUGCGUGGGAAAUCAAGAGAGUAAGAAUGGACUGAAACAGUAAGGGAAGUUCAUUCUAACUGCUCCAGAGACGAAUACAUGUUUGUUGCUAUGGAAGACCAACUGGACGCCCAAUUGUUUUAAGGACACAAUUUCAUAAAAAAAAGAAACAGACUAUUGCUACAAGUCAUAUUCAAGUGGUAGCAAAUUUGUAACCCAAGGCACAUUUUCUGUCUUGUAUUCAUACUCUCUGUACUCCAUGUAAUGCAUAUACAGUAAGUCUUGUUCAUCUAGAGAAGUUUUUUAUUGAGUUUACAUUUCUUUAGAAUAAUGAAAUGCCCGAUCAGUUUGAUGUUUCUAAAUCUGAAGUUGAUAUUGUUCUACAGGGUGUUUCCAUCUUCCCAGUAUGAACAUAAUGAUAUCAUACAUUGGCAAUACCACUCCAUAUAUUGAACCAUUAUUAAGCUAUUUCCAACGAAGAGUUCAUUUUCUUAAAUGUUGAUUCACUUUGAUUUAAAUGAGUGGUCCCCAACCAGUAGCUCAUGAGCAACAUGUUGCUCUCCGACCCCUUGGAUGUUGCUCUCAGUGGCCUCA